GUACCAGGUAGUGGCACAUGUGUUUUGUUUAUUGUGUCUGUGUCACGGGUACUGGUAGUAUGGGGACAGUGUGAGAAAUAACGUGUCAUGGAACUAAUAUUUUUAGGAACUGCGUCGUGUUAUCCAACAGCAGACAGAAGCGUUUCUUGUACCCUUUUACGGUUUGAAGAUGGCAGAAUCUGGAUGUUUGAUUGUGGAGAAGGAUCUCAAGUUCAGUUACAGAAGAGCUCAGCAAAGCCAGGACGUAUAGAGAAGAUAUUCAUAACUCAUCUUCAUGGAGAUCACUUGUUUGGUCUGCCCGGCCUGCUAUGCACUCUGUCGAACAACAUGAGUGAGAGCAAGAGUGAUAUCUUGCUGGAGAUUUUUGGCCCCCAUGGAUUGAGAAGAUAUGUAAGAGAAUGCUUAAGUCUGUCAAGAUCCAUGUUGAAUUUCAGCUAUGUGGUUCACGAGUUGAUAAUAGCUCAACAUCAGUAUCCUGAUGAUUGGCAAGACUGGAAAGUGGACAGCGAUGACGACGGACGUCUACACCCGCAGGAGAUCGGAGGUCGAAGUAUAGUGUGUGAUGAUAAUGGUGUGUGGGAAGUUUUCAGUGGGCAGAGCGCAACUGUGCUGGCGGGUGCAGCCUUGCACAGCAUCCCAUCAUUCGGAUUUGUGGUGACUGAAGCGGACAGCCCCGGACGGCUCGACGUCGAGAAGCUGAAGCGACUCUGUGUGCCCCCUGGACCCCUCUACGGCAGGAUCAAGGCAGGCCACAGUGUCGAAAUAAAUGGAAACACUAUAGAACCGUCAAGUGUAUUGGGACCGAAGAAAAAGGGUCGUAAGGUAACCAUUGUUGGGGACACCUGUGAUGCUUCCAGGAUGAAGAAGAUUGCUCAGAAUAGUGAUAUCGUAGUACACGAGGCGACGCUGGAAGAGGCUCUCAGGGACAAAGCCCUGGAAAAUGGCCAUUCCACCCCUGCAAUGGCUGCCCAGUUUGCAAAGGAUAUUGGAGCCAGUGUCCUCGUACUGUACCAUUACAGCCAGCGAUACCGUCAGACCGCACAUGAUGCCGAAGGGGAUGUGGACAGCGUCACUAAGCUGUUAGCAGAAGCCGAGGCUGCCUUGUCGGACUGCGAUUCCUGUUCGGUUGUAGCUUCAGGGGACCUCAUGGAGAUUCCUGUCAAAAGGCGAGAAUAGCUUUGAACUGUACAUCUGUCUGUUUAUUCUUUGGCAGGCAGGAAGUGUGUUUGUAUUUGAAAGCCGAACUGUUGUUUUUAAUAUUUGUUCAAUAGCUUUUAUGAAAUUUGACUUUGUGGCCUGAUGGUGUAAUGCAGUGUAUGAGAACUAAUGAGAUUUUAAUAUACAGAUUCAGAAAAAAAUA